GUCGCGUCAUUUUAGCGGAAGGUUUGCGCAUGCGCAACGCCAAUUGCGUAGAAACCAACAACAAACCAUGGCGGACGAACAUACUGAUGCUGACCAGAGCAUGGAGGGUCCUGUACCAGAAAAUCCUCAUGCAGAAUACGGCCUUGCUGAAAACAUCCAGAGAAUAGCGGAGAAUGAGAAAACUGCCGAAAAAGUUACUAAACAAAAAGUGGAUCCCCAGACCCUGCAGACCCUUCCCACACGAGCAUAUCUGGAUCAGACUGUCGUUCCCAUUCUCCUACAGGGAUUAUCAGUUCUGGCCAAGGAAAGGCCUCCAAAUCCCAUAGAGUUUUUAGCGGCAUUUUUGCUGAAGAAUAAGUCCCAGUUUGAAGAACGAAAUUAAAGGCGCAGCACAGAUGAAAUGCAUCGGAAGACUCAUAGGGAUUUCUUUUUUUUUUGUAAAAUUAAAUGUAAUCGUGUAACACUCUUUGAAUUGUUUGCCCAUUUUUUUUCACUAAAAUAAACAUGUUCUAGCAGAA